UAGUGGCGUACUUACGUGCGCGUCGUUGCGCGGCGGCAAGAUGGCGGCUCCCGGAGCUGGAGGAUCUUCUGGCUCGGCUAGUGACCCGUUUUCCACGUAUUACUCCGAGGUUAAACAAAUUGAGAAACGGGACUCCGUUCUAACUUCAAAGCAGCAGAUAGACCGGUUGAUUAGACCUGGGUCAUCCUAUUUCAACCUAAAUCCAUUUGAGGUUCUCCAGAUUGAUCCAGAAGUUACAGAUGAUGAAAUCAAGAAAAGAUUUCGACAGUUAUCAAUCCUUGUCCAUCCAGAUAAAAAUCAAGAUGACCCAGAUAGAGCCCAAAAAGCAUUUGAAGCUGUAGACAAGGCAUACAAAUGCUUACUGGACCCUGAGCAAAAGAAGAGGGCACUAGAUGUGAUUCAGGCUGGACAGGAGUAUGUUGAACACAUUGUAAAAGAGAAGAAGAAACAAUUGAAAAAAGAAGGGAAAUCAUUAGUUGUUGAGGAAGACGACCCUGAAGUUUUCAAACAGGCUGUGUACAAACAAACUAUGAAACUCUUUGCCGAGUUGGAAAUCAAACGGAAAGAAAGAGAGGCAAAAGAAAUGCAUGAAAGAAAAAGGCAGAGAGAAGAGGAAAUAGAAGCCCAAGAAAGAGCUAAACGGGACAGAGAGUGGCAGAAAAACUUUGAGGAAAGCCGUGAUGGACGCGUGGACAGUUGGAGAAACUUUCAAGCCCACACAAAAGGAAAGAAGAAGGAAAAAAAGGCACGGACCUUUUUAAAACCACCCAAAGUGAAAAUGGAGCAGAGAGAGUGACAUUCCCCAUCUGCAUGGAUAGAUAAAUUCCUCCUUGAGUUUUACAAACUACAUAUGCUCCCUCCUCAUUGCUUCCCAGGAGUCUUUUUGACUAAGAAUUACUCCAUGAUCCUCUUGUUUUUGUACAGUUACCACUAUUACUUUUAACUUUUUUUUUUUUUUUCUUUUUUUCUUGCUGGGGGAGACAUGCUUGUAAUUUAAUGUUUUGUACUUGGAUAGUAAGUUUGUUGACAAACCUAAUGUGCGAUAGAACUGCGACAUUAAAAGAAUGUUUAAAGUCUG